AUGGGUGACCACGCUACUAUCUCCAACGAGGACUCCUUCGCCAAGGGCAAGGGUAAGGCCGACCCCACCAACGAAGUGAGCAUGGACGAGGACAGCUCUUCUGAGUCUGAGUCCGAGCUGCCCGAAAACGAGGAUGACGAUGAGGGCCAGGCCCACGGUGAUCCCAUUGACCAGAGCAACAUCAUCCAGGGUGGUCGCCGCACCCGUGGCAAGGUCAUCGACUACUCCAAGGUUGCUGCCGACGACAUGGAAGAUGACGAUGAGGACGAUGAGGAGUAUGAGAGCCGUGAAGACAAGAACGAUGAUGACCAGAUGCGCGACUAA